GGCAAUGUUGUACGGCUGCACUUUGGAAGUAAUUGAGUUUAUAAUUUAUUUUUUAUCAAGGAAGGUGUUGUGACUUGUGAUUUAUAAAAUUUGUAGUAUUCAUGCUUUAUUGCGGAGUUAUUUAAGUUUUUAUUGUUCAGUGAAUAAAACCAUGUCGGUGAUGAAAAAGCCUCGGAGGAACAUCCGCAGAAGGGAUUUGGAUAACGAUGAAAACGAUGGCGAGGAAACAGAAGUCAGCCUCCUUCAAUUCAAGAAAACAACAUCAAAUAAGACAUCCGAAGUGAAAGUUAAAAAAGAAAAAAAGAAGCCUUCGGUCCUGAGCUUUGAAGAGGAGUGGAAUGAUGCUGACGAUGGUGAAGUUUUUCAAGUUAAAAAGUCAUCUCACAGCAAAAAGAUCAAAAAGUAUAUUGAAAAAGAAAAGGACAAGAAGAAGAAGAAAGAAGACAAACCUGAAGAUAGCGAGGGAAGGGAGAAAACCAAAGAAAUAACUUUCAAUAAUGAAUUAACAAUCAAAAUAAAAAAUAAUCUGCCUUUGAUUCCAAUUUUGAAUGGGAAAGAAGCAGAAAUGGCCGAAAUUGAUGGUUCUAGCUCUGAAGAUGAAAAGGCGACACACAAAUACUCUCAUCCCGAUAGUGUUAAGCAAUUGUUGAAAAGUGGAAAAAUUCCUGACGCUGCUAUGAUCCAUGCCGCGAGGAAAAAAAGACAACAGGCUCGUGAAAUGGGUGAUUUCGUACCUAUUGAGGAAGACAAACCAUACGACAACAAGAAAGGGCGAUUGGUGAGAGAGGAUGAGAAUGACAUGUGUGACGAAGACAUUCGGAUCACAAUGCAAGUGAACACCGCAGCUGCCGACAUGGAGCGUCGCAGGGAAGCGUUCACUGCAGCCAUGGAUCACCAAGCUUCAGAAGAGAGUGAUAAAGGAGAAGAAGAGGAAUGGGAAAAACAACAAAUUAGAAAGGGAGUAACUGGAGCACAGAUAGCCGCAGCGCAACAAGAAAGCAUGUUUUAUGGUUACACAAUGCCACAAAUUCCGCCAGAAAUGAACAUGGCCGCCAACAGUCUAAUUGUUGAACCUAUGUCGACUUUACCGGCAGCUAUGACGAUGCCGGAUAUGAUGAUGGCACCAUCAAAAAUGGACCCUCAGUCGGUUGCUAAAAGGUUAAAUGCAAGGCUCCAGGAGUUGAGGGAGAUACAUCAACGUCAUGUGGAAGAGCGAGACGCAAAGUCUGCCGAACUGGCACAGUUGAAGGCGGAAUGCGUGGCUAUAAACAAGGAAGCGCCGACUCUAGCCGAACGCUUCCGCUUCUACCAAGACUUGCGUGGGUAUGUGACAGACUUGGUAGAGUGUCUAGACGAGAAGAUUGUUGUACUGUCGAGCCUUGAGCAGAGGUUGUUGACUCUAUAUCGCAAACGGACGAUGGACCUGAUAAACCGACGCAGACAAGAUAUGCGCGACCAAGCGGAAGAACUUUCUCCGGCAACCAAAAACACAGUAGCCAAACGAGAUGAGAUGCAGACAAGACGGGCGGCCGAGCGAGAAGGGCGGAGAAUUAGACGGAUGAAGGCUCGUGAGGCGAAGGGAACGCAGAAACACAUCGAGGGAAUGAGCAGUGAUGACGAAGUGACGGAGAUGGAGACUGCGAUGUUCCGGAGUCAGAGAGAGCAAGUUCAAACUGAAGCUAGACACAUGUUCGAAGAUGCUUUGGAUGAAUUUUCAACAGUUCACGGAGUGUUGCAACGUUUUGCCUUGUGGAAGAGAACAGAUAGAGAUGCCUAUGUGGAGGCUUAUGUACAUCUGUGUCUGGCGAAAGCUCUGGGACCUCUGAUAAGACUACAAAUAUUAUUGUGGUCUCCAUUAAGCCAGGGUGAAAUGGAUUUAGAAAGAACAGGAUGGAACCAGAGGUUAUUAUUUUAUGGCAUUCAAGGAAAUGAAACGGAAGACAUUUUGAAAGCAGACCCAGAUGUUGAACUUGUGCCAAAAAUAGUGGAGAAAGUAAUCAUUCCUAAACUUGAUCAGUUAGUGUCGGCCCAGUGGGACCCUAUGUCCAGAUCACAGAGCCUGUCAUUGGUCAAUGUGGUGACCAAGCUACUGCAGGACUAUCCCACUCUGGGUCCUAACAGCAAGUCACUCACUCAGCUGGUCAACAACAUCGUGGACAAGUUGAAGGAUGCUGUGGACAACGACGUCUUCAUCCCCAUAUACCCCAAGGCCACCACGGAUGGAAGACAGGCAGUGUUUUUCCAGCGACAGUUUGCCAGCGCAGUCAAGCUGCUGGGCAACAUAGUGAGGUGGCAAGGUCUACUCAGUGACGAGGUUGUGAGUCAAGUAGCGUUGGACUCUCUACUCAACAGAUAUCUGCUCAUGGCCAUCAGACUGUCCGAACCUGUAGAAGCGGCUCAUAAGUGUCAUAUGGUGGGUAGUGUACUACCGAGGGUUUGGCUGCAUACUGUCAACGCACCCUCCCAACUAAUGCCCUUCCUCAACCAAGUGAGAACUAUCUCACUGCAACUGGACAUCAAUAAACCUCUUCAAAGGGAUGCUUAUGAUAAGCUGAGCGGAAUUCUGAAGAUUGCACCUUGACAACUGUCUUCUUGAAUAGUUUUCACCAAUUGAAAGAAUAAUAUAAUUUAAAAAAAAAACUGUAAAUAUGUACAAAUUUUUAAAUUAUUCACAGUGUUCUAUAAAUGUGCAUCAUUCUUUUAUUUUUUAGGAUUUUUGUGAAUAAAUAUAUUGUAGAAAUAUUUUUGAAUUUGGCAC